AUGGACAUCAAACUUUUCUGGUUGGUUUCUGCAAUGCUUCUGUUGACAGUUCUUGUUGAAGCGAGGAGAAGACCUACAGAAAGGCGGAGAGGCAACAGAGUCACCCCCAGUCGCUAUACCUGGACUCGAGAGCUGGCGGCCGGUACUACAGUCAACGAAGAGGCCACAACUCCAGAGGACAGUAACCAAAUGUACGUGAAAUCCAUCGAUGACAGACUCCCAGCCGCCGGGUUCAAGAAAGCUUUACUGCUCUAUGACUUCUCGGGCAUAAGUCCGAUCGUGUCAGUGACGCUUUACGAGAGGCACAGGAGGGGCCUUCCCUGUUACAUCUUGGACACAAACUUGACCUACAGUGACGUCAUUGCUACCCUGGCGCAGAGAAACAACACUGAUGUAGGUGCCAGUCCAGAGAUCUCUCUUGACGGAUCAAGUCCGGUUCUUUCCCGACAAGCUGCCCGCGAGUUGUUCGACUCUAACCCGUCGCUUCGCAAAGCCUGCCGAGGUGGUCGAGUGGCUAGAACAUCAGCUGCAGCAACAGCCAGUGAAAACACAGAAGUUGUCAAAGUCCUCACCCUGGACUCUGUGCUCAACCUCACCAUUCAAGGAGCCGCCAACUCAACCAGACCUUCUCGCAGAGGCUCAAGAGGCAGGGGCCGAGGUUCCAGUCGUCAAGGCUGA